AUGAAUUAAACUACUCCUAAAUCCAUAGGAAUCAAUUAUGCAAAAUUGAGAAAACACAAGGGCAAGGAAGAAACUCUACCAAAAUCAAUGAGCACCAAUCUAAAAUUUGACAUUAAUCAGAAUCAUUAACAUGGCAUACUGAAACACAGAAGCACUUCGCAACACAAUAUCAAUGAAUAUGCGCAAUAACAACAAUAAAUGCAAUUAUUUGAAUAAUAUUUCAAUCAUUCCAAAGUUUCAUAAUCUUUUAUUGAAUUUGUAACCAAACAAAUACAGUAUCAUAACUAACCAAUCUAAAAAUUGAUCAAUCCAAGCAUUUUCAAGAAUAGUCAAAGAAGAUGGGAAGAGGACCGAAGAAAGAUUCUCUACGAAUUAAAUUAAUAAAAGGAAGACAAUUGCAUUUUGUAAACUGAAUUGCAUGACCUCAAAAGACAAAAAAAUGCACUCUCAAAAUAAUGUGAUAAUUUGUAGGUUAUUAUCGUGCAAGAGAGACUGGGAAGACAACAAAGACACCAGCAGUUUUAUUAGCACAAAUUUCAGGAACUUACUAAAAAUUUUCACAUUCCCACCCAAGAAACCAUAUCCUCAUUAACUGAUGAAAGAUUCGAAAGCAACGAAACUUCUCUUGACUCCUCCUUGUCCAAUGAAGACAACGACCCUCCAAUCUACUCCAACCAACUGUUCGAAAUGCUCAAGACUGGUAAACACAGAUAUCAGUUUUCCAAAAAACUCAAUUGA